CGUGGCGGGGGCGCGCUUCCGGCGGGCGGCGCCGCGCGGUGCUGACGCUGGCAGCGGGGCGCAGCGAGCGGAGCGCAGCGCAGCGGAGCCGGCCCGGCCCGGCGCGGCCGCACCAUGGUGGCCAAGCAGCGCAUCCGCAUGGCCAACGAGAAGCACAGCAAGAACAUCACCCAGCGCGGCAACGUCGCCAAGACCUCGAGGACGGCCCCGGAGGAGAAGGCGUCGGUCGGGCCGUGGCUGCUGGCGCUGUUCAUCUUCGUGGUGUGCGGAUCAGCCAUCUUCCAGAUCAUCCAGAGCAUCAGGAUGGGCAUGUGAAGGCGCCUCCCGCCGCCACCGCGGCCCCCCGAGGACCGCGACGGACUGUGCCCCGCGCCCGGCCGGCCCCGGCCCCCCCGCAGCCGCUGAGGGACGACGCCCGGCGCCGGCCAUGCCUCAUUCCAGGUCCCCUCACGAGUCAUUCCGAGUUUUCUAGUCCGUGCCACAGUGCCUUGAAAAGCACCACAUGUAUAAAGCAAUAAAAUUCUAUUGUUGAUCUACAA